AUGGAUGUUCCUUGUGUUACUAGUAUGGAUGCUCCUUGUGUUACUAGUAUGGAUGCUCCUUGUGUUACUAGUAUGGAUGUUCCGUGGGUUACUGGUAAACCAGACCCACCCCACAACUGCCGGGCCUACGACGUCACCAUCAGUUCCCUGCAGGUGUCGUGCUUACCUGGCGACGAUGGAGGACUCGGGCAAACUUUCCUACUAAGGGUUCUGGAGGCCAACGGAGACUUCGAUGACGUGGCACAGGUAACACGUGAGACGGCCUCCUUCUCCGUGGCCAACCUCCGCCCGGCCACAGCCUACCGUCUCCUCGUCACCGCCACAAACGCUAAAGGAGAGUCACGUCCUGCUGAGCUAAGAGCCUACACCGUCGCCCUCAACCAUCCUCAACAUGAGACUCCAGCAGAGCCAACGCGCGGGCGUGAGAGCGGGGCAGAGGUGGCUGUGGGCGUGCUAGUGGGCGCCGUGUUGGCCUGCCUGCCUGUAGCCAUCGCUGUGGUGGUGAUGGGUGUGCGCACGUGCAUGAGACUGCGGGCGGCGAGACGUGGGCGUACUGCCGAGGAGAGCGAGAAGUAUGCAGCCGAAAUGGAAGCUGGAAGUACAGGUCGACCAUUGCUGACGGGCCAAGGUACUCCAGGAUCAGGAGGUGGAGGCUCAGCAGAGAGUGGAUCAGACAUCACUACUAUCACUGGAGGGGUCGCCAUCUCCUCCUCCACCAUGCCUCCAACACCCUCCUCUGGCCAAUCAGACACUCAGGUUACACAGGUUUCGACCACAGAGACGUCCAACCUGCUGUAUCCUGCAGGUCGCCUCUAUAGCCCAGACCGAGCCCAGGAGGUGGUAGGUCCUCAGGUCCUGACCGCCAACGCUGCCAACCUACGACGGGGACCUUACAACCCUCUGGAGGAAAAAUUCGACGGCGACAACGAGCUGCUGGAAAUUACUCUCCCACCCCCGGCAGCAUACGACCAGGGUUACCAAUCCUCUUACUCGGGUUGCCAGCCUCGGGAUCAGCGUUACCAGACGCAAGAACAGGGUCCCCAGAGGUUAAAACAAGGCUACCAGCAAGCCUUUCGGGAAUACCAGCCUGUUCUUCCGGGUAGCCACCAUCUCCCUGCUGCUGCUUACCCUGCUGUAGCCAUCAAGGGAGGCCAUCCGAGCUUGCAGUACAUAUCUUCGGCAGCGAUGACUCAGGACUAUCACUUCCCGAGUAAAGACCCGACCAGCGCGGUCACCAAAGUCACGGGUUCGUCCUCCUUCGCUACACUGCCUCAUAGUAAAGUCACCUCGUCAUCCUCGUUCGCUACUCUGCCAAUAAACAAAGACGCUGGGCAGGACACUAGAAUGGACGAUCCUAAAAUGUCAACGUUGUACAAUCCUCUGGCGAUGUUUGCGUCUAGUCCGAGUUACGCCCAGAAGUGUGGGUCAACGGCGGGGAUGAGUGAGAGAGGACUUACCACUGGCUCGCUCAAGAGGGGUGUCAAGCCGCAGGGACAAGAUGUGCUCAGAAUAAGGGACAACCCGAGGAACCGAAGUGCCAGUUUAUCCUCUGUUACCUCAAAAAGGGAGAGCUCAGUCUAACGCAGGCCCAUCUCACACCGCUCUUUUUUUAACUGGGGUUUUGGGGAAAGCUUUUGACAUUUUGUGCCUGAGACACAUUUAUUUUUGUUUUUGUUUCAGGUGAGAGAGUUUGUAACGUUAGUGUAUAUGGAAAAAUAUUUUGUCUAGGCGUGUCACUUUUUUGGAUCAGGAAGGAAGACAGCGAGAGAGAGAGGGAUAUUUUCUAUACCGUCUUUCAGACAUAAUUGUUUUGAACUAGUGUUGUAGAGUUAUCAUGUUGUGUGUGUAUGUGUGCGAGAAGGAGCAGUCUUGUGUUCAUACUGAGGCGACUGAUGAAGUUAUCAUAAACUGAUUUACAAAAAAAACACACUUUGCUGAAGAUGAUUUACAUGCAGUAUGGUUUCAGCGUAACUCUUAUGUUGUGUUUGUUAUGGUGGUACUCUAAAUGUUACGAAAGAGUUAAAAUUCUUGUCCCGGAAAAAAAAAAAAAAUUAUGGAUUUUUUUUUUGUCAAUCUUUGCUGUUGGAUAUUUAGUGUUUGAGCAAGACAAUAACAGCGACUCCUACUGACCUCCUUUAGUGAUGCAAGUCCAUGAGAUGAUUCAUUAUUUGCAUUAGUUAAGUGAAGGUGACAACACUGGCCCCUACCACCACCCACUGCCAACCACAGGACGCACCCGCUGUGUACACUCCUAUAGAAUACUAAAUGAAUUAACUGCUUCUGCUUUUAUUUCAGGAAACAGCCAGCAUGUUGUGUGAUUACUUCAGGAUUAAUUCAAUUUAUGUCACUUAAUUGUCGAUAAUUAUCUGUUCGAUGAAUAAUGAUAAGAAACUUGUUAUUAGACAGUUUUUUUUAAUCUGUUCUAAAAUACAUCGAAUUAACCCAAAGCAAUGCAGUUACCAGGUCUUUAGGGAAUAAUUGAAAGCAAAACUAACAUUUAUCGCAUUUUUAUGUCCUACUUCAAAAGAUAAUCACCUGAUGUUUACUUAUAACUUCAAAGCGAAGAUAAAACAGAUAUUAAUUGGAUCAAGCAGGAGACAUCGCAUAUCAAAACAACAAUUCCCACACACCGAAACAUCAGAUGAUAAGAAAUAUAUAAAAUCCAUCUAAAAAAUAUAUCUCACCCCAACUAAACAGAUUUUUUUGGGGGGGAGAGACUAAGACAUGUCUCCCAGCGGUCAUAUUUUACUCCAUAUACACGUUUGAGAAAUAUAUAUCCAAGUAAAAAGAAGAAAAAAUAUAUAUAUGAAAAAUUCGGCUCCGUUUUCGUAGCUAAACCAGACUCACACAUCAAAGGAGGUUUCCAAGAGGUGGGGGUAACUGCCAGGGACAGACGCCACGCCGGUGCAGGAAGUGAUCAUCUUGAGGUGACGGCCACGCGUACGGCAAAGAGAGAAAAGUCCUGAGGUGAGAAAGUUUUUUAUUUUUACUAGGAAAUACAACCUACGAAUCUUAAAUCUGUCCUGGGAGGUUUAGCUGUGAUGUUCAGUCGUUUUUUAAGGCUUCAUUAUAAGUAAUAUUGAUUUUGUUAUAUAUGAAAUCUUCUUUAAAUCUUUUUUAUUUUGGUUUUUACGGUGAUUAAGUUAUUUAUUAAAGCUUUCGUUAGGAUUUUAGUCUUUUUAUAAAUCGUUAUCAUAAUGUCUCGUUAUAAAGUCUUUAUUACGAUGAUAAGUCGACUGAACCCUUAAUGAUGUUACGCACCUUCUGAAGAUUCUUAUGGUGGGAAGUCUUAUUAAAAUCUUCGUUAUGGUGGAAAAAAUCUAUCACGAUCUCAUUGUUUUGUUUACAUAUCCCAAACUUAUGAGAAUUAGACGAAAAAAUAGAACGAUCAUGCAGAAAAAUACUAACUCUGAGAAACUACUUGUUUUUUAAUAACUUUUGCGUAUGACAGUUCUACAAUAGGUCCCUCGGAUACACGUUUAUCAGAGUGAUCACUGGUAUUUAAUCCCAUUUAAUCAUAUGAACAGAUGCUAUAAGAACGCCAAGGAAAAUAUCAAGAUAUAUCUGUAAAUUGAAGAUACGUAAAUUUUCUAAUAUCAUGUAUUUUUCACGUAAUGUUACACCAUUUGAUUCAAUACUGACUCUUAACCUUUGACCUCUAGAAAAGACAUUACCAAAUUAAAUCAGAGUACAAAUGACAUUGACUAAACGCUUGAUUCUGUAGUUUGGUGUUAUGACAUACAGCAUGUGUAGGGACGUCUCUCUGUGCUGAAUAAGAUCAUCAUAAAAGUGACGUUCAGUAGUAGAGAGGUAGGUGGAGAUAUUUCACUUAAACACACAAAAAUUCAUUAUAAAGAAGAAGUAAGUUACAAUCCAUCGAGGAUAUUUACUGUAAAUUUUGUAUAGUGAUCUGUGACCUUUAGUUCAUUAAGAAAAAUAAACACAAAAUACUUUAUCCAUAAAUUUGGUAAAAUUUUGUAUAUUUGUUCAGCACUUGACCACUCCUCCUCCUACUACCCCACCUCCCCCCCCCCCUCAAAAAAAAGAGAGAGAAAAAAAAGAAGAAAUUAUAGAAAUCCAAAUUUAAGGUUAAAUCCAAAAAUAAAAUGUUCUCCUUCCUUGUUCACUAUAACGUGUUCAUCAACUUUAUAACAGGAGAUACUAAGAGAGAGAAAAAAAAGGUCUUGAAUGAUAUGGAAUUGGAAAAAAUAUAUAUAACACAAUUUACCUGUAAAUGUUGAAAGGUGACGUGAAAGGUGAAUGAUAAUGAAAAAAACAAAAUAAAAAACUAAUGAAAAAUUAAUAGAAUGAAUAGAUAAUUGGACAUAUAUUCAUUCCUUUGAAGUCUUUGGUCUUUUUAACUAUAUUUUGUUUCAUUCAUUUUAAUAAAGAACAAAAAAAACUGUAUUUUCUAGCAAAAACAAAACCAUCAUUUUACACUCGGCUACAGUGAAAAGGUGAAUGUGGGUCCCAUAGGCAUGAUUGAAUGUCUAAUAUCAGCAAGACAUUCUCCCAGUCAGUAGUUUCUGUUGCUAUAAUUUAACUUCUAUCCACAGAGUUGUUGACUGUAUGUUCGAAACUCCUAUCUAACAAUGUCUGGCUGAUAGCUUAAUCUUGAUUAUUUGGUUAAUUAAGUCCUAGACCACCUGCUUCUUGCUUCAGGCCAACAUCAGGUGUGCAUAUGAGUUGCUUUUAAUUACCUGGAUCUAUUCUAGAGAGAGAUAUUUACCUCAUGAUCGGAAUAUCGUAAUUUUAACAUCAUGAGUACUAAUUACCGGUGUUUAAUUACCUGUUGAGUACUAAUUACCGGUGUUUGAUUACCUGUGUUGUCUCAUUCAAAGGUAUUUCCUUUGGCUCCUGUUAAUUUGGGUGAGUUCUCCUAGCCACUGUCUACCUUAGUGUCCGCAUAAUGAAGUCUGGUCUUGAACCUGAGAUGGUUUUUGGCGACUUUGUAUAAAUCAGUAAUGUCGUGAAUUAGCCUUUUUAUGUAGGAAGGCAUUUUAUACUCUUGUGACACCUUAUCAAUCCUCAAUAUUUAAUUGAGAAAAUUAGGUGAUUUGGACCAUGUAUAUAAUAGUCUUUUAUAUAUCAAUACACUAUUGGGUUUCACUAAGCGAUUAACGACACUGAGAGUAAUCUGUUGUUUGUAUAUAUGUGGUUACUCUACAUUUCAGUACACUAUGUGUUUUGUUUACAGUAAUGGUAUAUAUGUGGGGGAUCAGUGGUCAUGUAUGUAAUGUAUAUAGAAUAUAACUCCAAUCCACAUAUAUAUAUUAUCCUUAAUUUAAUACUAUAUGGUUAUAUUACACACUAGACUUACGUUCUAUACUGAUACAAUUAUACAGAAAUGAUUUAAAUGUCUAUAUUAUUGUACUUUAAUUUACACCAAGAGAUCAUUACACAACAGCCACUUAACACAACACUAUUAAGUAACAGGCCAUUGUGUUAACUUGUAUUUUUUUUUAAUUGUAUUAAUUACCUGGAUGGAUCUAUUGUAAAUACAUUCAAUCACUCCUUAUUACUGCUAAGGUUUCCAUGGUCAGUGAUACUUUUAUACAGACAAAAAAAAAAUAUACUUGUACGAAGAACCUGUGAAUGUAGACUAGACCUCUGAGACUGUGAACUGUGUAUAAUAUAUCUGACAUUAAAAACCCCUUAAGUCGA